AUGCACCGAGGCAGUUCGGGUGCUUCGAGAGUCGCAGGAGAGCCUCGUCAGCUCUCGGGGCCUCUGGUUCCCCCCCUUGUGCGGGUUCCCUUCUAUCCUGCCGCCCCUGUCUGCCUCCACGUCGUCUCCCUCCCUCCCCAUUUGCGGGGAUUCCCUCCUCAUCGUCCACCGAGAUGUCUUCCGACUCAUCUUCCGUUUCCUCUCAAUAUUCAGACCCCUCUACCCCCGCAGACUCAUUCAUUGGUUCCAUACUGCUUUCGUCAGGCCUCCCGUGCCUUUCCCGCCAAUUUCCGGAUCUGGCUUUCUCUCUCACUACGGCCCUCACCAACUCUCCCACACGCCCACCUCUGCCUCGCCCUCGUCCGCGGCCUCCCCCGGCCGCCCUUGCCGCCGUGUUUCGCGGGUGAAUUCCCGCCGCUAUCUCGUCCGCCAUUUCCUGGAGGGCCCUCUGGCGGCUCGUUCCUGCGCGCCGUCUCCGGUCCGCGGCCUGUGCCGCCAACAACGCUUCCUCCUGCUGGGCUGCCUCGUCGGCCUGUUCUUCCGUCCGUUGCUCCGCCCCCGGCUCCUCCCGUUCGGCCUGCCGCCGCGGUGAUGGCGGGCAAGCGCCCAAGGCGGGAGAAGGCGUCGCGACCAUCUGCUGCUCCCAACCCGCCAGAGAACCAGGGCGAGCUGGCGCCAGCCCUACUCCGAGCCGUCGCUGCCCUGGUCUCGCGCGAGGGCGGCGGGACUCCCUCCCGGGUGCGCGAGCCUGUGUAUCGCUCGCCGCGUGGACGCACCCACCCACAUCUGCGCGCCCGCGGUGGUUCCUUUCGGCGCCGCCGUCCGCCCCACCCUCCGCCCGUUCUUCAGAGGCAAAUUGUCGGUCCGCAUCUGCGGGCUCCCUCUCUUCCCGUCUUUCCUCCUCCUCCUCUUCCGUCUCCUCCCGCGCCGUCGCAGCAGGACUCGCAGCAGCUAUCCUCCCCGCAGCAGUCGACGGUUCCCGCCACUUCGUCCCCUCCUACGGCCCCUCCCGUUGUCCCUCCUCCUGGUGCCGAGCCUCACCCGUCAGUGGCGCCCGCGGAGGUACCUCUCGUGCCUCCUCACUCCGCUCACAGGCUUGACGACGGUCCUCCCCCCUCUGAGCCUCCUCGGCGGCAGCAUCCCCUCGUCCCCGCCGAUCCCGCUCGACCCCCCCGCUUUCCUCCGCCCCGUGCCUCAUCUCCUCCACUUCCGCCUGACGCCCCUGAUCCUGAAGACGACGUGAAGUGGUGGAACGUGGAGCUGUGGGAGUCUCCCCCUCCGCCUGGGAUGACCUGGGGUCGUGACUGGGAUGCGCGGAAUGACUUUGUUGUUGACAUUCUCCGCUGGGAGCGGCGUAUGGCGGGGGUGGGAGAGUGCCUUUCCCACGUGGCGACUGUGUUGGAGCAGCUGCAUGAAGGCCUUCAGGGGCGCAAUUAUGUCCUGCGGGAUCCCCAGCUGAACGAGCAUCAGCAGGGCGUUGUCCGUGAGGCUGCCUCUCAGGGCCUGUGGAGGCUCCUCCGCUUGCCCCUCGAGCCCGAGCACCCUGACGAGGACGAGGGGCCGGGCGCGAGAGCCUUCCGCAGGGUCGCCACAGCUGCCGAAGAGUCACCCCUGCAGCUCGUGCCUGCGCUCGCGUCCUUGCUCCGGUGGAUCCGCCUGCGCUUCUACGUGUUGAACCGCGUGUAG